CCCUGCCCUUCUCGAACAACACAUUGCCGCCCGCCACCGUCAGAUCCAAUCCCUCCUCCUCGACAAUCAACGUCUCUCCGCCCUCCACGUGGCCCUCAAGCAGGAGCUCGCCGUCUCCCAGCAGGAGCUCCACCACCUCUCCGCCGCCGCCUCCGAUGUUGCCGCCGAGAGAGACGCUCAGGUUCGCGAUGUCUAUGAGCGAUCGCUGAAGAUUGAAGCUGAGGUCCGCUCGAUCGAUUCUCUCUCCGCCGACCUCGCUCAGGUCAGGGCCGAUAUUCCUAAACUGACCUCUGAUCGUCAAGAGCUUGCUGCGAAGCUGAAGGCGAUCGACGGUGACCUUGUGAGGGCUCGAUCGGAUUUGCAGCAAUUGCCUUCGAUCAAAGCUGAGAUUGAGACCAUGCACCAAGAAGUCCAAAGAGGAAGGGCUGCCAUUGAAUAUGAAAAAAAGGCACAUGCUAGUAAUUUCAAACAAGGUCAGGCAAUGGAGAAAAACAUGUUCUCCAUGGUUCGAGAAAUUGAGAAAUUACGUGCCGAGCUUGCUAAUGCAGAUAAGAGAGCAAGAGCAGCGGCUGCCGCUGCUUCAGCAGCAACUUCAAGUCCUGGAUAUGCUGCAGUCUACGUAAACCCUGAAAUGGGUUAUGGGGGAAGAUCAUAUCCGGAUCCUUAUGCUGCGUAUAAGGCUCAAAGUAGUGCCGAUGCUGGUCCUCAAUACAGUCCUGCAGCAGGGCCUCACAGCCCUUAUAACACACAGCAGACCCAUGUACAUAGGUAAGCUCUCAUUGGGCAUCAGAAUAAUAUAGAAUUCAAAAAUUUUAUUUGCUGUGAGGUCCCAAAAGAGCCUUUAAGUUAUUAGCAAGAUUCCGAGAAGGCCAUUAUUCUUGAAAUGCAAAUUUCUGCAUCACUAUCAUCGAAUAACCACGGCGUGUGUCCGCAUAAGUCAAGACUGAGGUGGUUGUUGCUUGACAUUAGCCAGUUUCUCAGAUACACUUUCCCUCCGUGCUUUUUCCGCGUGAAGGCUCAUAUAUUUGGUUUCUCGAUGCAGCCACCAGUGUCCCAACUUUUUUCAUUACAGCCCUAAUUUGAGAUGGCUUUUCUUCUUUCUUUCUUUUUUUUCUUCUCAUUAGUCGAAAUGUGAAUGAUGAAAUUUGUGGUUAAUAUCACAAUUCUGAAGUACUGUUGAUUUACAUGAUUAGAAAUUACCAAUUUUGCUUUGAUGCAUUAA